CCGCGCGCCAGCCGGGGGGGGCCGCUGCUGCGGCGGCUGCGGCUGCGGCUGCGGCGCGGCCGGGUGUUGCGCUGCCCGCCCGCGGCAGCGAGCAGCGGCGCGGGGGAGGCGCGGGGAGGCGCGGCCCGCCCCGCUCAGGCCGGCGGCGAUGGAGGAGGGCAUGAGCAGCAUGCAGCAGAAGGCGGCCGAGCUGGAGCACAUGGCCGAGGUCCUGCUCACCGGCGAGCAGCUGCGGCUCAGGCUGCAUGAAGAAAAGGUCAUUAAGGAUCGAAGGCACCACCUCAAGACAUAUCCCAACUGUUUUGUUGCCAAAGAGCUGAUUGAUUGGCUGAUUGACCAUAAAGAGGCCUCCGACCGAGAGACAGCAAUUAAACUUGUGCAGAAAUUGUUGGAUCACAGCAUUAUCCAUCAUGUUUGUGAUGAGCAUAAAGAAUUCAAGGAUGCCAAACUCUUCUACCGCUUUAGAAAGGAUGAUGGGACAUUUCCACUGGAUAACGAGGCAAAGGUGUUCAUGAGAGGACAGAGACUGUAUGAAAAGCUGAUGAGUUCUGAAAAUACUCUUUUGCAAGCCAGGGAAGAGGAAGGAGUCAAGUAUGAACGGACCUUCGUAGCAUCGGAGUUCAUUGACUGGCUGAUCCAGGAAGGAGAGGCCACAACAAGGACUGAAGCGGAGCAGCUUGGCCGCAGACUUCUGGAACAUGGAAUUAUACAGCACGUGUCCAACAAGCACCAUUUUAUGGACAGCAACUUGCUCUACCAAUGCAGAAUGAAUUUCCGGCGGCGGCGGCGACUAAUGGAGCUACUUACAGAGAAAUCUCGCUUGAUGCCAGAAAGCCACGACAGCCCUUUUUGCCUACGCAAGCAGAAUCAUGACAACAGAAAACACACCAGUUUUCUCUCAGUGAGUCCCACCAAGGAGAUAAAGAUCGUGUCGGCAGUGAGGAGGAGCAGCAUGAGUAGCUGUGGCAGCAGUGGGUACUUCAGCAGUAGCCCAACGCUCAGCAGCAGCCCCCCAGUACUGUGCAACCCCAAAUCCGUAUUAAAGAGACCAGUGACUGCUGAUGAGCUCUUGAUGCCUGGAGCCCCAUACGUAAGAAAAACUUUUACAAUUGUCGGCGAUGCCGUUGGCUGGGGCUUCGUGGUGCGGGGCAGCAAGCCCUGCCACAUCCAGGCCGUGGACCCCAGCGGGCCUGCAGCUGCGGCGGGAAUGAAGGUUUGCCAAUUUGUCGUUUCUGUCAACGGCCUCAACGUUCUCCACGUGGAUUACAGGACAGUGAGCAACCUCAUCCUGACCGGCCCUCGAACUAUAGUGAUGGAAGUGAUGGAAGAAAUAGAGUCCUGAAAAGAAAAGUCUCUUACUGGACAUUUUGUGAGAGAAAUAGCAAAGAACAUGAAGCAGCAUGACGCAAGGAGGCACAACUUUGCUGUGGCUAAAUAGCUGAUUUUGCUUUUGGGGAGGGGGGUUCUCUUUCAGUUAACAGUAAUAGCACUGGUUAUUAUGCUACAAAGUCAACGAUAGAUACCAGCGUAUUUUCACUUAGGACUUUUCUUUGCCUGCUGAAGAGGAGGUUGAGGCCUUUCGGUUGUCUGUCCAGCUCCAGUCCAAAGGGUCUCCCACCUACGCGGCUGGGCGUCAUUGCCUCGCAGUCAGCCACUGGAUCAAACGCUUCAGAGAUGAAGGAAGCAAAUGCGCUGGCCCGUGAGGAUGUUGCAGAGGGUUUGCAUGGCACAUUGACAUUGGUGAACAUCCUCCCUGUACUUUUUGGGUGUCCAGCGUUGUCCCAGGAGCAUGCGCUGCUGCAGUUGCUUUCUCCCUGGGCUAAGCGAAAGUUGACUGAAUGCAGGCUUUAUUGCGAUCAAACACGAAUGACCUGUGAAUGCAUCUACAUGCAUGAAAAAAAUGUGCUUAUUUUCUGGGCCUGAUAGAAUACAGAGGUUAUUCUAGAAAGAAAAAUCGAAAACCAGACGAAUGUUGUAAAAGCGUGAGUUACUUUCACUUCCUACAAAAUUUGGCCUUUGAAAAUCGAGCUAUUUGUUUAGACGCCUAAGCACAGAUUUAGGUACUCAAGUAUGAAAGGUUGAUCUUUUUUUCUUGUGUGUAAAGGACAGGUGUCUCAGUCUUGUUGUUUGUCAGUUUGCAGAAAUUCUGGACACCUUUGGUCCUAGGAGAGUAAUGAUAUUUAGAAGGUUGAAGUGGGAAAUUCAGUGUUAGCAUUAGCAAAAAUACAUUCACAUGCUCUAGUAGAGAAAGUACACUUCAAAUUGAAGCAAUGUACUUGAAUGUACAUUAAACUUGUUAGCACUUUCAAAUCAUCAAUGUUUUGCAAACUACAGACUUGCCACAUAAGUUGCAGUUGACACUAUUACUAAUAAAAUGUAUUUAACUGACUCUUACUCUUUUUCAAACAGGAGGCUUUCUUUGUUGAUAAAUUUUUGAAACAAAUCUUUUUUUAAUGUAUAUACAAAGUCUAUAUUCUGCUGAGUUAGGUGACUUCUCAACUCUGUGGUAAUUAGACUGCAUGGGUUUUCUUUGAUCUUUGAACUGAAUAUAUACAUCCUUGUCCACAAAAUCAUAAGUAUAUAUUGCAGACUUUCUCUGCUGUCUAAACUUUAAAAUUAAAGCUUGAUCUUCUCCAUGAGCAUACCAAAAUUCCUUCGUUUUUGGGAGUGAGGAAAGUAUUUUUUCCCCUCAAAUAAUUCUGAAAUAUGUUUUGCAUUAAAAAGUGUUCUCACUAA